CUUGUUUCCAUUUACUAGAACAGGAAGCUUAGAGGGCACAAGUACUCUUGCGACUGCAAGCUGCCCAGACCAUGGAGAUCCUGCACUUGGCUCUUUGUUGCCUAUGGCUUCUGCAAAGAACAGCUGUGGCAGCUGGGUCCAUAAGAGUCCAGUGUGGGGAAACAGCAAUCCUACCAUGUCCCACUGCUGCUGGAGGGAUGCACAACUACUGGGCCAUUGGCUGGUACAAGGUAGCCAAUGAGAGUCAUGAAACGGGGCUGAUUCGGAGACAUGAGAACAGCACGCAUGUGUAUUCAGGGACCCAGAGGGAGUUCCUGAUGGAUGUGCAGCAAUCCCUGGUCAUUCCUGAAGUCCAGCCAGAGGACUCUGGUGCGUACCGCUGUUCCCUGUGGGCCAGAGUUGGGCAUUUCAAUCAGCAGGCAGACAUUGUCCUGCAGGUAUCAGGUGAGUUGGCAGCACAAUAUUAAUAGGGCUGGAAUCACAGCCAAACAUCACAGGGAUACAAAAGCUUUGAAAAAAGACGUGGCACAGAGCUUUUGGCUUCCUCCAGCAAAAGGCAAUGGGCUAAAGAAACUAAUGAGAUUUGGAGUGAUAACCCAGGUACAGGGGCAUAAAGUAGGUUGUUCAGUUCAUUGUAGUUCCCAAGCCUUUAACCUCAGUCCUGAGUAGGGGGCAGUAUAGAGCUGUGCCUGCCCAGGAAGGACCUGUGAUUUGGAGAGUCACCAUUCCUCUCCUGCUCCCCCUCUUGCACCUGGGCGGGGGAAGUGAGCUGUGACACCUUUUGAGCCUGCAGUUUAGUUCCCCCCUCAUGCCUGGCCAGGCCAGCCAGAAUGCUGCCCACUUGCUCCCAGGGGAAGGGUGCUGCCUCUGCUCUGCACCUGCACCUGGACCCAAGAAAGUCACCCACAGGGUGUGAGGCCUUGCUCUCCUGCAUAGCCACACAGGACCAGGGAAC